AUGCUCACUGCGGAUGACAUUCCUACCAGCUUUACCGAGAAACUUCCCGAAGAUAUCGCUGUGCAAGCACUGCUCGCAGGGUAUCUCACUCACGGCGAUCCAGAACAACUCUCGAAAUACGAUUUAUGGCGCAAGUCGUGGCCCAGUCGACAAGACUUUGAAGGUAGUAUGCCGAUUUUGUGGCCGACUGCUCUAGGAGGACCGCAGUGGCCCGCGAGCGAGGACGGCCGCAAUUCAGAGCAUCUCAGCCUUCUUCCUCCGUCUAUUUCAGGAAGUUGGCCUAGUCUGAAGCCUGGCCCCAAGGCGCGGAAGUACAGCACGGACUACCAGAAUAUUCUGGCUGAGCAGAGCCAGCGUCUACGCAAAGCAUGGACGGAUAUCACAUCUGCAUACCCAGAGACCAACUGGGAAGACUUUUCCUACCACUGGCUGAUUGUUAAUACACGAAGCUUCUACUGGGUUGGUGAAGGACAGGAAGCACCUGAAGACCCUAAUGAUGCUAUGGGACUUGUACCUUUUGCCGAUUACUUCAAUCACGCAGAUGUGGCCAGGGAUGUCAAAUUCGAUGAGCACGAAUAUGUGUUCCGCGCUACUAAAGACUAUGAAAAAGGCGAUGAGGUCUUCAUGAAUUACGGCAGUCAUCCCAAUGACACAUUACUGGCUGAAUAUGGGUUUGUCCUCGAUGUGAACGAGGCAGACUCGAUAUACCUUGACGAUAUCGUCUUCCAGGACAUCCAUAGUCCCGGGCAACAGGAGGAGUUGUGGUUGAAUCAAUAUUAUGGAAAUUAUCAAGUCACCCCCCACGGACCCUGCUAUCGCACAGAAAUUGCCGCGUGCUUGAGUUAUAUGACAGAGGAGGAUUGGCGGAACCAUGUUCUCGAAGGCCAGUCGCAAGGGUUGGAUGAACCUCGGUCUGAAGCUACCAUCAAAAGGUGGAUCUUGACAUAUGCGGCCGAGGCGGAAGCAGGGAUCUCUGCUAUCCAAAAAGCCAUGGAGGUCGAUCCCACCGUGCAAGAACAUCGCUCAAAAGCAGAACUUCUGUUGAAGCGAUGGAAUCAGAUCAAGAAUCUCUGCGAGCAUGCGGCUGAAACUGUAUCUAUAUAA